AUGAGCGGACCAGCUCCACGAGUCUCGACUUUUACUCGCACGCUCCCCUACCACUCCUCUACAUACUUCCGAGCCAUCACAGAAGCCUCUGCCUAUCACACUUUCCUUUCUCAGGUCAUCACCAGCACCGUCGUCUCGAAGGACGCCCAGGGUCUACCUAAAGUAGUCAAGCUGAAAGUCGGCUAUCCUCCUAUUGGAGUCGAAGAAGAAUGGCGCUGCACAAUGAAAUUCGACCGUAGCGCCGGAACAGCAGAGCUGAGAUGCAACACCGAAGGCGGCGCGAUCGAGACGGUGGUGGUGAAAUGGAAAAUCACCCCGGCACCUUCGGCGACGAAAGCAGCUAAGACGACGACGGCAGAGCUUACACUCGAGCUGAAGUUUAGUGGCAUGCUCUAUGAUCAGAUGUUUGCGCUUUUGCCUAGUAGUGUUCCAGAGAAGCUCAUGGAGUCUUUUGAGGAGAGGACGGAGGUGCUGGAUGGGAUUGAGAGGAAGGAGAGGGUUGCGCAGAUGAAGGAGAAGGCUAAGGCUGCUGCGGCCAAGAAGGAGGGAGCGAAGGGUGUUGGCUCUGGGACGAAGGAGACCACGAAGAAAGCUGAGCCUGUGAAGAGCGCGGUUCCAGCCAAAGUACCGGCCAAGGUUGUUGACCCGGCAAAGAAGGUUGCGCCGAAGAAGACAGAGGUCAGACCUGGCAAAGCUGCUGGUACAUGA